GCCGUCCCGCCCCUCCCGUCCGGCCGCCGCCGCCGCCGCCGCCACCGCCGCCGCCUGGGGCUUGGUUGAGGCGGACGGUGGGUCCCGGCCGGAGUGUGGCGCCGCUGCGCGAAGGGGCAAGCGGGCAGUCAGAAAAUGGGUAAGAAGAGUCGAGUAAAAACGCAGAAGUCAGGCACUGGUGCUGCAGCAAGCGUGUCGCCGAAGGAAACCUUGAACUUGACCAUUGAGCUCUUGCAGAAAUGCAGCAGCCCUGCUCCCGGCCCGGGGAAGGAGUGGGAGGAGUACGUGCAGAUCCGCUCUCUGGUCGAGAAAAUACGGAAAAAACAAAAAGGUCUGUCUGUCACUUUUGAUGGAAAAAGAGAAGAUUACUUUCCUGACCUAAUGAAAUGGGCCUCUGACAAUGGAGCCUCUGUCGAGGGCUUCGAGAUGGUGAACUUCAAAGAAGAGGGCUUCGGUUUGAGGGCAACAAGGGACAUCAAGGCAGAAGAAUUAUUUUUGUGGGUUCCACGAAAAUUGCUAAUGACUGUUGAAUCUGCUAAAAAUUCAGUGUUGGGGCCCUUGUACGCGCAAGACCGAAUUCUUCAAGCCAUGGGCAACAUCACACUGGCCUUCCAUCUGCUGUGCGAGCGCGCCGACCCCAACUCCUUCUGGCAGCCCUACAUCCAGACCCUCCCCAGCGAGUACGAUACCCCCCUCUACUUCGAGGAGGACGAGGUUCGCUACCUGCAGUCCACGCAGGCCAUCCACGACGUCUUCAGCCAGUACAAGAACACGGCGCGGCAGUACGCCUAUUUCUAUAAAGUCAUCCAGACCCAUCCGCAGGCCCACAAACUGCCCUUGAAGGAAUCCUUCACUUACGAGGAUUACAGGUGGGCCGUCUCCUCUGUGAUGACCCGACAAAACCAGAUCCCCACGGAGGAUGGUUCCCGGGUGACCCUGGCACUGAUCCCCCUGUGGGACAUGUGCAAUCACACCAACGGCCUGAUCACCACCGGCUACAACCUGGAGGACGACCGCUGCGAGUGUGUGGCGCUGCGGGACUUCCGGGCCGGAGAGCAGAUUUACAUUUUUUAUGGCACUCGGUCAAAUGCAGAGUUUGUGAUCCACAGUGGUUUUUUCUUUGACAAUAAUUCACACGACAGAGUGAAAAUAAAACUUGGAGUGAGUAAAAGUGACAGGCUCUACGCUAUGAAGGCCGAGGUCCUGGCUCGCGCUGGCAUCCCCACCUCCAGCGUCUUUGCGUUGCAUUUUACCGAGCCACCCGUCUCUGCCCAGCUGCUGGCUUUCCUCCGAGUUUUCUGCAUGACCGAAGGAGAACUGAAGGAGCAUUUGCUGGGAGAGAACGCUAUCGAUAGAAUCUUCACCUUGGGGAACUCUGAGUAUCCUGUUAGCUGGGACAACGAGGUCAAACUGUGGACAUUUCUUGAAGACCGAGCCUCACUUCUUUUAAAAACAUAUAAAACAACCAUUGAGGAAGACAAGACCUUCCUAAAGAACCACGGCCUUUCUGUUCGGGCCACCAUGGCCGUCAAGCUGCGCUUGGGGGAGAAGGAGAUUUUGGAAAAAGCCGUUGAGAGCGCCGCGGCGAACCGGGAGUUCUACCGCCGGCAGCUAGAGACGCGGGCCCCGCUCCCCAGGUACGAGGAGGGGAGCCCAGGGCUGCUGGAGGGCUCGGCGGACUCGCGGCUGCCCCUGGGCCUCAGGAACCUGGACGAGGAGGCCGGCGCGCAGGAGGCCCUGACGCUCCCCGAGGCCGUCCGCAGGGCGCGGGCCGCCGAGCGCGGGCUCCUGAACGGCGAGAACUCUCUCCCCAACGGGACCGGGGCGGAAAAGGGAAGUUCAGAUGGAGAGGAAAGUCCAAGAGCGCCUGGAGCCGCCAAAGAGUCUUCCGACGGCAGCGAGGGGCUCGGCCGGGGGCGCUGAGAGCCGCCCGGCGCGGUUUAGCGCGCUCCGCGGACGGUCUGCCUGCAUCGCUGUGCCCCUUGUUCACGUUGUUCUUCCCGCAGAGAGGAAAGUAUGUUUUUGCUGCUUUAUAUAAACAUGAUUUUUUUAAGUUAUUUAAAAAGUCUAGCUGCCCUGUCCGAUUAAGAUUUGCCAUCUUGCUCCGAGGCCAGACGAGCAGGUUCCCCAGCAGAGCCCGGGGGCCGCGGUGCCCUGGGACCCGGCGCAGACCCCGCUCAGCUCCUCCGGCGGCAGCGGGGUCCCACCGGCUGUUGUCCUGCCACCGGAAUCAAAGCCGGCCCUGCCUCCUGCCCACUCGGCUCCGGGGUGGCGCCAGCUCCGGGUUUUCGGCGCUGAGGUGUGGCUGCUGGUUGUGGAGACGGGCUAGUGGUUAGGAAACUUGAGGGUCUGGGCGGGAAAAAAAAAAAAAAUUUUUUUUUUCCCCUAAAAAAGUAACACCCCAGUACCAAGAGGAGAGGUUAGGUGGCAACCUUAUUUUUAAUAGUUUUCAAUGUUGAUGAUAAUUACAUAAACACACACACACACAUCUAGUGAUUUCUGAAGAUUUGUUUACUUCCUGCGUUCUGUUUGACUGUAUGAAGAACUCGUCCUUCCUCCCUGAAUCAGAGUAGGACAUGCAUCCUCCGCCUAAUUUUAAAUGUUGGCUCUGACUUUAAAGCGGUGCACCUGCCCCUCCAGCCCUGGCCGCGGAGAGCUCACCAGCCCGCGAGCGCGCCGUGGCCGUGUUCAGGGCCCGGGGGCUUCUGGCUUCUCUGGUUGUCACAACAAGCUAGAGAUUUUCAAAGCUACACUUUUGAGUAAAAAGCCUUAUUAAAAGGAAAACAUGGUUAAUA